AUGAGGCUCUCAAGUGUCUGUGUAGCAUUUCCCCUGUUGACUGGUGUGCUUGCAUCGUCAGAAGAGCAGAGCAAGCCCGCUGUCACCUCAGAGGCCAUACAAGAACUCAUCCUCCUCGAAGACUUGCUCGCUGGCUCGCAAAAGCUUCAGGACUUUGCCGACGCCAAUGGCGGGACUCGCGUCUUUGGCAGCGCUGGGCACAAUCUGACGGUGGACUAUCUGUACGACACGCUCAAUGCCCUCGACUACUACGAUGUGUUCAAGCAGCCAUUUGUGGAGCUCUUCUUUGAGGGAAACGCCACCCUCGUUGCGAAUGAAGUGGACUAUGCACCGGGCGUCAUGAGCUACAGCCCAUCGGGUACUUUCAGCGCACCGCUGGUUCUAGUCUCCAACUUCGGAUGCGAUGUGGCGGAUUUUCCAGCAGAGGUUUCGGGCAACAUAGCCUUGAUAUCUCGAGGAAACUGCACGUUUGCCAUCAAGGAUACUAGUGCGCAGGCCGCGGGAGCAGUGGCUGCUGUCGUGUACAAUAACGUCGACGGGGCCCUGACUGGCACAUUGGGCAGCCCGAGUGAUUCUUUUGUACCAAUCGUCGGUAUAUCCCUGGAGCAGGGUGAUGACCUCAUCACUGCAUUGGCCGAGGGCGAGGUGGUGGCAGAGCUUGUUGCAGAGUCGACCAUUGAAAAUCGAACUAAUUUCAAUGUGAUUGCGGAAACGAAGAGUGGCGACAAAGACAAUGUUCUUAUGCUCGGUGGCCACACAGAUUCAGUAGCAGCCGGGCCUGGUAUCAAUGACGAUGGCUCGGGCACAAUUGGCUCGCUCACCGUUGCGGUUGCUCUGUCAAAAUUCAGCAUCAAUAAUGCGGUGCGCUUUGGAUUUUGGGGUGCUGAAGAGUAUGGCAAGCUAGGCUCCUACUAUUAUAUGAAUCAGCUCAAUACCUCAGAGACUGAGGUUGCCAAAAUCCGAGCAUACCUCAACUUUGACAUGAUUGCCAGUCCCAACUACAUGAACGGUAUUUAUGAUGGAGAUGGUAGUGCAUUCAACGUCAGCGGCCCUGCUGGCUCGGCCGAGCUCGAAAAGACCUUUCAGGACUUCUUCCGGAGCAAGAAUACCUCGUCCGUGGACGCCCCGUUCAACGGUCGAUCCGACUAUGCCGCCUUUAUCGAAAACGGCAUUCCUGCCGGGGGCAUCUUUACGGGCGCCGAGGGCAUCAAGACGGCCGAACAGGCCUUUCUCUUUGGCGGCGAGGCGGGCGUCGCGUACGAUGUCAAUUACCACCAAGCAGGGGACACCAUUGACAACCUCGCGCUGGAUGCGUACCUCCUCAACACAAAGGGGAUAGCGGAUGCAGUGGCAAAGUAUGCGACCAGCUUUGAUUCGUUGCCGGCAGUAGAUCUUGCCCAAAGGAAGAGGGCGGCUGUAAAGACCAAGAUGUUCAGUAGGGCAACGUCAGGUCAUUCGCAUGCGAACUCGGGCCCCUGCGGACAUGCUCUUGAUGUCGUGUGA